AUGAUUCUUGAACGGAAAAUGGAGCACGGCUCGAAGCUGGCUAAGAUGACCGAUCUUCCGUUCGACUUGUCCACGUAUUGUUGCACGCAGUUCGUCGUGGCGCGGCACCGCAUCGCUCGAGUGCCCGACUCCUUUUGGAGCGCAGUUUGGCGCUCCCUGCACGACCGCCUCAGCGUGAACGGAACAGCUGUGGAGGGACUUGAUUGGACCUGCAGGCUUCCGGCAAAGAGGGUGUACGAGCAGCGUGCAGAAAGGAACGGCCACAUGCCCAUCUCUGACUACGGCCUGUGGGGCGAAGUGCUUGAACGAGCCUGGCAUUGGAUCUUCGGCGAGGACGCCCUGCUGCCUCCUCGAGAGGUGGAUUCCCGGCUGCCUCUUUUUCUUCGCAUUCCGAGGGUCCGGUCCGACGUUGAAGGUGGGCCUCGAGGCACCAUCCUCGAUCGAGUGCUUCUUCCAGAUUGGGGUUUCGAUCCUGGCUACUGGGGUCUUGCGCCCAUCAUUGGGAAUGUGACUGGAGAGGCUACCGCUGGUUCGGCUUUCUCUUCACCGAUUCCGACGGCUCAUUUUGCUAGAACUGCAAGGACAAACUGGCAGCUGCCCGACUGGGUGGCUGCAUGGCUGCAGGCCUGCGUUGUGGCCUUGCCAGUCGUAAUGCCCCAGUUAAUCCUGUUGCCGGGUGCAUCAAAAGUCCGCUCAUCGAAGUUGGUGCAGUGCUACGGACAGAGCAGGGCAGACGGAUUCGACCAAUUCCUGCCAGCGUUUCCCAUCAAGCGCCAGAGAUCCAUCUACCGGCCAGAGAUGUGGAAGGCAUUCUGGCCUGAGGAAGCCGCAACUGAAGCGAAGGAGGCACCUACGGCGAGCCCGCCGCUGGCAGAGUUCGUAGCGUGUGUGCGGGAAGAGGUGAGGUCCCUGCUGCACCAGGAGCUUGGCCUCUUCCAGGCCAAGCUGUUGCAGGAGCUGCGACAGGGGAUCCUAAAGACUUCUGCAUGCAGAGCCAGCGAGGUAGAGUACCAGCUAGACGCUCCAACGGCAGAGAAGGAGAAGCUCUCAGCCGACAGAGAGCGAGACGCUUCGGUGGAACAUCUUUACGAAGCGAAUUGGGCUGAGGUGGUCUCCGGUGGCGACCUGGGCACUGGUGCCGAAGAUGCUAAAAAACGUCGGAGGCAAAGGAGGAAGGCCAAACUCCAUUCACGCUUGAGCUCAGAAGAUGAGGACCAGGCACUUCAACCCUGUGAGGAUAUCUUGUCCGUGGAUGCCCUGAGCACGGAGGCACCCGAGCCGGCCGUGGUCCAACGCUGCGGUCGGAGCAGGCCAGUCAAGUGCCUUUUGAGGUUUCACGCCGGCGUGGCAGACACCUUGCUCCAACUCCUUCCGGUCCAAGACAUCAUGAAGCUCCGGACGACUGCACAGGGUUGCCCGGCCAAGGAUCCGGAGGUUCUGCUGAGGCACCUUGCAAACUCAGCGGACAUGGCCAGAUCAUCGUCCGUGGUCUCGCUGUCGGCCCUCGUCGGCGAGUUCCAGCGCCGCAUGCGCGCCCAAGGAAGAGAGCAAGCACUGGCACCGCAGGCACCGGCAUUGCCAGCACCCACCUACGGCACUCUGCUGCGCCCAUUGGAAGACCCGCAGCUGGAGAAGCGUUUCUAUGGCUUCAUCUGGUGCUACGUGCACACGAGAAGCCACCGGGAGGAUGGGAGCCCAGCAUUGCCCUGGAUCCUCACAGCGAUCGCGGGCCUCUUGGAGCUCUGUUCCACAGAGACGGGUGCAGCCCGUGCUGCGGCGCACCAUCUACUAGCUACCUUAGGCGUGGGUUCUGAGCGUGUCCAGCAACUAUGUUUGCAGUCGGGAGUUGUGGAGACCACGUUGGCAUCUGGAGCUUCUUGGGAAGAGAAAGAGGCCGCGAUGCGGCAUGUCGGCUACAGCCAUCGUUCUUUGGGUCCAAGUUUGCGAAAAAAGUGGGUUGGACACCUGGUGGAUAGUCUGGAGCCUUUGCAAGACGACGACGAAGCUUUUGGUUCGGUGGAUAAGGUCGUUCACAAGCUGGAGCUGCUGGUGGGCGCCGUGCACGCGGGGCAUGCUGGCAGCGGCCGGGAGAGCUUUCCAGAGGCCUUCGCCAAGCUGCAGACCUUCCUAGGCACAUCAGCUUCACCGGAGUUCCUGGAAGCAGUCGGAAGGUUUCUGCAUCACUAUGCAUGA